GUGAUUAUGGAACAUGGUUUUCCGUCUAUGAAGUCGAUCAAAUCAUUGAAGUCACUUGUUAGGAAAAGAAACAAUGCUCAAGAUGUGGUAAAGCUUUUCUUGCAGAGUAGUAAAUCGGGGUGGAAAAUGAAGCCCUUUUUGGCUCUCAUGUGUGCAGCGCUUUUGAUAUUUUGGUACAAGACCACAAAUAUUCACUUCGAACAGACAGAGCUAGAAGAUGCAGAUUAUGCCUUUGACAUGGCAAAGGAAUCUGAACCAGUCGAUGAGAAAUUAGAUGGCUUGCCACGUGGUAUCAUACAGCCUAGAUCGGACCUCGAGUUAAAGCCUCUCUGGUCUAGUAGUAGUUUGAGGUCAAAGGGUGCCGAUAUGACUAACCGUAACUUGUUGGCAAUACCCGUAGGGAUUAGGCAAAAGGGUAACGUCGACGCUAUUGUAAAGAAGUUUCUUCCAGCGAAUUUCACGGUUGUUCUUUUCCACUACGAUGGAAAUAUGGAUAAGUGGUGGGAUCUGGAGUGGAGUUCAAAGGCCAUACAUAUAGUUGCACAGAACCAGACUAAAUGGUGGUUUGCGAAGCGAUUUCUCCAUCCGGAUGUUGUAUCCAUUUAUGAUUAUAUAUUUCUGUGGGAUGAGGAUCUUGGAGUAGAGAAUUUCACACCAGAGAGGUAUUUGAACAUAGUUAAAUCAGAAGGACUGGAGAUAUCUCAACCGGCUUUGGACUCGAAGUCUCCUGAAAUCCACCAUAAAAUCACACUCCGUUCUCGAACGAAGAAAUUUCACAGGAGAGUUAUCAUCAACAGAGGCACUAAAAAGUGUUCUAAUGCGAGUGAAGAUCCUCCUUGCACAGGGUUUGUUGAAGGAAUGGCUCCGGUGUUUUCAAGAGCUGCUUGGUUUUGCACUUGGAAUCUUAUACAGAAUGAUUUGGUUCAUGGAUGGGGAAUGGAUAUGAAGCUCGGGUAUUGUGCACAGGGAGACAGGACGAAGAAGGUAGGAAUAGUGGAUAGCGAGUAUAUCUUUCAUCAAGGCAUUCAAACUUUAGAUUCUGACACCUUUAUGAUUUUGUACUCGGGUCGAUAUUUCAAGAGACAUAGCCAUACAACAUUUGAUUCGAGAACCUCGAUAAGGAGGCAAUCGACAUGGGAGCUUCAAACUUUUGAAGAAAGAUGGAACAGAGCGGUCGAAGAAGACAAGAACUGGAUCGAUCCAGCGAGCUCGAAGGCGAGGAGUAAGAGUAACAGAAGAUUAAGGCGUGGUACUAAUACUCACCCUCACCGGGUAAAGCAUAAGAGAGCUCAAGAGACUGCUACAGCAUAA